AUGGCCAAGACGAUCCCAGAACUCCCAACAGGGUCUCUUGGAAUCAUCUUCGUCAGGGCGAGAGUCAUCAACGCAUUCCCCACCUACAAUGGCGCCAGUCAAGAAGAAGGCUAUGAUGCCACCAACGACCACGCCCUACCCACCGAAGAUGAUUUGCGUGCCAUGUCAAGAUUAUCCCACAACAUCGCCCGCGACAUACACGAGAUCAGAACACUUCAAAGAGAAGAUCCCAACGCCCACAAGCGCAAGUUGGGGGGCGAGGGUAGUAGUGAGCAGCAACGAACCGCCGCUGCCAGGAGCCACGCCGGGAACAGCGGCAGUCCCACGGGCCGCAGGCAUCGCCGCAAGACGAUUGAUUUCUCGUGUCACAAGUGUCACCGCGUCGAUACCCCGGAAUGGCGGCCAGGUCCCGAUGGCCCCAGUACCCUUUGUAAUGUGUGUGGACUGAUUUACGCCAAACGCGAGCGCAAGAAGGAGGAAUCGACGAUGCCCACCUUUGGAUCCCGCUAG